AUGGUGGUCCAGAAAUUGCGCAACGCCGGUCACUCUGGUUCGUGCCUCUCGGGGCCGAGAACUGCGGAGGCGAAGGCGUCGCGGGUGCUGCUGUGCCUGGUGGCGGCCUCCGUGCUCCUCGCGCUGCUGCCCUGCGCGGUUCACUCCGCCGACUCCGCCAACGUCUCAGCGGAAGAAGCGGCGGCAGCAGCGGCGGCGGAAUCCGCGAGGGCGACAGCGGAGGCGGUGGCGAAAGCAGCGGAGAGCGCGGCGGCCAAGGACGAGGCCGCGGAGAAGGCGGCGGAGGAGGCGGCGACGGCGCGCGAGGGGGAUAAGGGCGCGGAGGAGGAGGCGCAGAGCCCGAUCCCGCCGGCGAUAGCGCAGGCGGAGAAGGCGGCAUCCGACAUUGUGCCCGACGGAGCGUGCAAGAAGGAGAUCGCGGAGUUCUGCGGCGAUCUGACGGUGGGCAAUCGGACGGUGGAGAGGUGCCUGACGGGGCAGGUGCAGCUGCUCAAAUCCAAGGGCGGACAAGGGGCAGGGAGCAUAUCGCCCGGAUGUCUACAGGAGGUAUACCAGUUCAAGAUAGAGCUGUACAAGAACAUCUCCCUCAACAACGACAUGGGUCACCUUGGCUCUUGCCUCUCCACUCUUUCCCCCCUCAUUGCCUCUCUCGCCGCUGCCCUCCCGCCCUUCGCCCCUGCGCGCACUGCCCUUUCCCCAUGGAUGGUAGCGGAGGCGUGCAGGGGAGACAUACAGCAGUAUUGCAACGACGGCUUCCUCUACCCCGAACCCGGCAACGUCCUCGCCUGCCUCAGGUGCACCGAGCCCGCAUGCCUGCCUCAGGUAUCAUGCUCGCUGGCAUCAGGUGCAAGAGGCCACAGGCCCGGUGCCAUUCCAGGUGCGCCAUGCCAUCUCAACGUCUGCCAUUCUCCCAUCGUCCCUUGCUCUGCCCACCCAUCUCUACUUCCCCACAACACCCCUCUCUCAUCCGCCCAUCCCCUCUUCCUCGCUGCACCCUCCCGCCCUCACGCUGCUCACAGGGAGACGCGGGGGGCGGGGAAGCUGUCGGACGGGUGUGGGGAGGCGGUGUUGGAGGCGGAGGAGGAUGCGGCGGGGGACUUCCGCAUGGACCCGCAGCUGCACGCCCUCUGCUCCAACGACGCCGCCCGCCUCUGCAAGGACGUCGCCCCGGGGGAAGGCCGCGUGCAGGACUGCUUGCGGCAGCACCGCAGCAGUGUGAACUGGGACUGUCAGGCGGAGCUGUUCCGCCAGGAGGUGGAGAACGCCGAUGACAUCCGCCUCAACGUUCGCCUCUUCAAAGGUGCCUCCUGCCCCUCGCCCCUCACUCCAUCAGCCAUGCCCCACACUACUCUGCCUGUCAACCCGGCUACCACACACACGCCCCUUCCUGCCAACUCCCUCCACUCACCAUUCACUCCCCCCCAUUCCCCUCCCCCCAAUUCCUCCUGUGUGGCACACAUGGGAGCAGCGUGUCUGGAGGACAAGAGGCGGUUCUGUGCGGACGUGGUGCCGGGGGAUGCACGCGUGAAGGACUGCCUGGAGGCACAUCGCCGUGACUCCGACUUCUCCACACCCUGCAAGGAGGAGGUGGAGAGGAUGAUGGAGCACCGCGCGUCGGACUUCCGCCUUGACCCCGGGCUGCGCAAGUACUGCCACCGUGACAUUGUCGAGGUCAGGAGCUGGGGGGGGGGCAUGGCAGGGGGUAAUGGCAUUGGCAUGGCAGGGCAUUGGGAGGGCAUGGCAGCGGAAUGUGAGGGCAUGGCAGCGGAAUGGGAGGGCAUGGCAGCGGAAUGGGAGGGCAUGGCAGCGGAAUGGGAGGGCAUGGCAGCGGAAUGGGAGGGCAUGGCAGCGGAAUGGGAGGGCAUGGCAGCGGAAUGGGAGGGCAUGGCAGAGCAAUGGAAAGGCAGCAGAUGUGCCCUGGAAACGUGCUACCCGGAUGCGGACGACAUAAGCGACGUGGCAUCAUGGGACAGCCGUGUGAUAGAGUGCCUGCAGGACUACCGGCGGGAGCUCAAGGACCCGCGGUGCCGCCAGCAAGUGCACCUGCUCACACAGCGCGCCGCUGAGGACAUGCGCUUCGACCACCCUCUGCAGCAGGCCUGCCAGGGUGAGCGCUGCACUCGCGUGGGUGGGCUGUGCUCGCUACGAAGGUGCAUGCUGCAGCACAUGUGUCAGGGUGAGGGGCAGGGCGGGAAGAGGGGAAGAGGCGGGGUGGGUGGGACGAGAGGGGUUGAUGUGGGUGGGGUUGUGCUCUCGCAGGCGAUGCGGGACAAUGAUGGCCUCUUCCUUGCCUCCAUCUGCAACCCCCCCUCCCUUGUUCGCCUCCUCAAACGCCCUCUGCCCCUCUUGCCUUGCCGCAACUGCCCUCUGCCCCUCCUUCGUCCACAUCUCACCCGUUCACUCCAUGCACAUGCACGGUGUGCAGAGGACCGCGAGGUGGUGUGUGCGGGGGUGCCGGACGGCAACGCGCGGGUGUUCAUGUGCCUGCAGGAGAACCGCCAGAAGCUCAAACCUGUCUGCCGCACCGCUCUCUUUGAGCAGGAGAUCCGGUACGCGGAGGACAUCGACUUCAAGUUCCCCAUGCGCCAGGCGUGCCAGGACGAGCUGCUGCGCCUCUGCAAGGACCAACACGGUGGGGGUGACACGAUAGCAUGUCUACAGAAGCACGAGGAGGACGAGGACAUGGGCGAGCAGUGCAAGAAGGAGGUCAAGAAGGACGAGGAGCGCAGCGCUCAUGACUUCCGGCUGAACUACAAGUUGAACCGCGCAUGCUUCAGUGACGUGCAGCGCCUGUGCAUGCACUCGUGCGAGCCCAGGAACGACUCCUUCACCGCCGCUGCUGCCCCCUCGGGCGACCAGUGUGGCGGCCGCGUGUUGCAGUGCCUCGCGGCCAACGCGUCGCUCAUCAGCAGCCCCGAGUGCAGGGAGGAGGUGGCGUACUUUGAGCGGCGCGAGGUGGGCGAUAUCAUGCUUGACGUGCCGCUGCAGCGCGCCUGUGUGGACGACAUCGGAGCGCUGUGCGGGCUGCAGCGCGACCACAGCAAGGUGCUGUCGUGCCUGCGCCAGCACCGCGCACAGCUGAAGCCGGAGUGCCGGGACGAGGAGCUGAGGUUCUCAGCCAUGGAGGCAUCGGACAUCCGCCUCACGCCCUCGCUCAUGAACGCCUGUGGGCUCGAGCUACAUGCCUUCUGCCGCGGCGUGCCGCCCAGCGAGGGCAAGGCGUUCCGCUGCCUGCAGACCAGCCUGGGCCAGGAGAGCAUGGGGGUGGCGUGUCGCUCUGAGGUGGCACUGCAGACGGUGCGCGAGUCACAGUUCUACCUUGCUGACGUGGCGCUGGCGCUGCAGUGCCAGGUGGACAUUGCCAAGACAUGCAGCGCGGCGGCCAACAGCACGGCGGACGGCGACGGGGAGGUGAUAGCGUGCCUGGUGCAGCACUACGAUGGGCUUUCGGGGAAAUGCCAGACCGAGGUGGCAUACCUGGUGCGCAUGGCGCUGUGGGUGUACCACCCCGCCAACAACCUCACCAUGCCGUGCGCAGCUGACGUCGCCGCCCUCUGCCCCAACGCCACCUCCACCAGCUCUGCCUUGCAUGCGGCGGCGGGAGUGGUGGUGGCGGCGGUGGGGCAGUGCCUGGUGGACCAGCCCUUGGCCAAGCUGAGCAGCGAGUCGUGCCGUCAGCUGGUCGCCGUGGUGGGCGUGGCGGGCGCACAUGUGGGCGGGGUCGUGGAUGAGGCCCGCCUCGAAGCCACUCUCGCUGAGAUUGCUCAGGUGAUGAGGCUGGUGCAGGUGACGCUGGUGCAGGUUGCACAGAUUGCACAGCUCCUGGUACUAUCAUUUCUGCCUCACUGUCCCACCUCGCCAUUGCUCCCCACCUUUGCCCCUUCCUCUCUUCUCCACGCCCGCACUUGCAUUUCUCCUGUACUGCCCAAUGCUCUGAACGUGCAGCUGGGGGCGUUGGAGCAGCAGCAGCAACAGGGGGAGGCGGGCAGCGUAGUGCUGACGGGGUGGACGGCGCUGCUGGCAGUGCUGGCGCUCUCCAUGCUGCUUAUUGGUGCUGGCAUCUAUGCUCACCACCACUUCUUCAGCCCCACACGUGACUACAGCUUAGUUGUGCAGGAGGGAGGUGUCAAGGAGGGGGAUGUGUGA